AUGCUCAGCACACUCAAUGUACUGCCCACAACCCUCCUGAUGUUCUUGAUAGCUACAAUUCACUACCUCGCUUCCCACUCUCACUCCACGCAAAGCGAUCCAACUGAGAAAAUAUGGAACGUCGAACGAACAGGCUUGAUGAUUUCCCUCUACACCUCGACAUUGAACAACCUUCCUCAAUCGCUGUUGAACAAGCUCAAUAUUAAAUUAGCAAGGAGGUUGAAAGCUAUCUACAAUGCUGGUAUAGGCUUCGGACUGUUGGGGAUGAUGAUCGCUCUAGGAGGGAGUUGCUGGGCCACGAUGAGUGUCUGGAAGAGCGUUUUGGAAGAAGUGAAUUUACAUACUUUGGAGAAAGUUCAACAAGGGUCCGCAGGGAAUAUAGUGAAAAGGGCUUAUACAGAGAAUGGAGGAGCUGACGUUGUGAUGGAAGGAAGUCGGGACUUUGCAGGCGGAUUACAACCUUUGAUACCUGGUCUUACCAUGCCAUGGAGACACCUGCCCACACUUGCCUUGGCGCUGAUGGUUAAUCAAUUGAUACAUGAAUUCGGUCAUGCUGUGAGCGCAGCUCUAGACGAUAUCCAGCCAUCUCGCUUCAGUUUCAGCUUAUACGCUGGUAUACCAAGUAUGAUGGUUUCUUUUCCAUCCAACAUCGAUACUUUAGAUCCGAAUGCAAAGAUGCGAUUAGCGACUUCCGGUCCAUUCCAUAAUCUCCUCACUUGGUUUUUCAUCUGGUUACUUACUUUUGGCGGUGUGGGCAAGCUGUUCUGGUAUGAUAGGAGCAAUGAAGGAAUGGUAGUCAAAGAAGUUCAUUGGAACUCUCCGCUCUAUUCUCAUCUCACCCCUGGCUCAGUCCUGACACAUCUUGAUGAUGUUCCAUUAUCUGCCACCCCCUCAUCCCCCGACCCAUGGUCCGAAUACCUAUCAUCAGAUAUAACAGAUAACGUAGGAGACGAAGGUAGAGGAUGGUGUAUGGACAAGACCACCUUUCUCUCCCAACCUGAACCAUCACAGUCCUCUUCAGAGAUUGGAAGUGGUAAAAUGGAUUGUAGAGACAACUCGACGUCUUCCGAAAGAAUAGCAUUCCAAUCCACUCAUGGACUUACCAAAGGUUCUUAUCGAUGCCUAAACCCCCUUCCCAUACUGAAUAUCAAAUCGACCAAAUGUCCUUGUCCAGAUAGCAGGUGGGUAUGUAUCCGACCUGAUCCUUCGGAGGAAAUUUUGAGGAUAGGUACAAAAGAUGGUAUCUUGUUGUUUACCGGACCUAGAGAAGAGGUAUUGAGGGAUGUGAGGGUGAGGAAAGAGGAUGCGAGGGGAUGGAAGGGUGGUGUGAGGUGGGGGGAAUUGUUUUUCAACUACGCCUCAACCUUCUCACUCUCUUUAUUCCUGUUCAAUUUACUCCCCUUACCUCUCACAGAUGGUUCUCAAUUACUCGAGUCACUAUUGGAGUGGAAAUCUGUCGUCGGACCUAUCACUUCCACAAAUCCGUUGAAAGCUACCAUCCAUAACAAUCUAUCUGGUACUACUAAUAAUGACGGAGCUGGUCCAAGUAUAAAGCUGUAUAGGGAGUAUGAGAUGGAUUCGGACGAUGAAGAACAAUACAUCGGUAUUGGAUCUGAGUUGGAACCUAUCGAUAGACCAACAAGGGGAAGAGGCAAGGAAGUCGGUUGGAAACGAUGGAUCAGAAGAGGCAUACAAUGGUUCAGUUUAUUCAUGGUCGGAUUAUGGGGCAUGGGGUGGGCGAUAGUGCUCCUCUUGAGAUCGAGUUGA